ACGCUUGGCUUUGGUCUUGCCAGAGCCACGACAGCUGUGGUGGCUACGCCUGCUCCUGCCCGUGUUUGCCAGCAGCAGAACCUGCCUGAAGGCCUCCCCCGAAGCUGUCGCUAUGUCAACUCUGGCUUCUCUGCAGAUGCUGAUCGACUCCCUGAACUCCACUGCCCCCAGCAACAGGACCAACGAGACGGCCAACAGGAGCAGCGCCUGGUGCCAGGGUGUCUUCAUCCCCAACGAGCUCUUCCUGACACUGGGCCUCGUCAGCCUGGUGGAGAAUGUGCUGGUGGUCAUGGCCAUCAUUAAGAACAGGAACCUGCACUCACCCAUGCACUACUUCAUCUGCUGCCUGGCCGUGUCCGACAUCCUGGUGAGCGUCAGCAACCUGGUGGAGACCUUGUUCAUGCUGCUGAUGGAGCACGGCGUGCUGCUCCUCCAGACCAGCAUCAUCCGCCAGGUGGACAACGUCAUCGACAUGAUGAUCUGCAGCUCCGUGGUGUCGUCCCUCUCCUUCUUGGGGGCCAUCGCCGUGGAUCGGUACAUCACUAUCUUCUACGCCCUGCGCUACCACAGCAUCAUGACCAUGCAGCGGGCAGUGGUUAUCAUUGUGGGCAUCUGGGUCGCCAGCACCAUCUCCAGCAGCCUCUUCAUCGCCUACUACAAGAACAGCGCCGUCAUCCUCUGCCUCAUCGGCUUCUUCCUCUCCAUGCUCAUCCUCGUGGUGGGGCUCUACAUCCAUAUGUUCUCCUUGGCCCACCACCAUGCCAGGAACAUCUCCAGCCUGCAGAAGAAACGCACUGUCCACCAGAUGACCAGCAUGAAGGGGGCGGUCACCCUCACCAUCCUGCUGGGGGUCUUCUUCAUGUGCUGGAGCCCCUUCUUCCUGCACCUGACGCUGAUCGUCACGUGCCCCAAGAACCCCUUCUGCACCUGCUUCUUCAACUACUUCAACCUCUUCCUCAUCCUCAUCAUCUGUAACUCGGUGAUAGACCCGCUCAUUUAUGCUUUCCGGAGCCAGGAGCUCAGGGAAACCCUGAAGGAAGUGGUGCUGUGUUCCUGGUAA